AUGUCUUCGGAAACAAAACCUUUGCUUGUGCCGCUCCAAGGCAUGCCUUCGCCUUGUGAUGCUUUUGAGAGCGUCAUCAAGAAUAUCACCAUGCUUGCUUCUAAGCCCGAUCUGCAGAAUACAGUUACUCUCCUUGACGAAAUCAAUCAUCGGAAACGGCAAAAUGAGAUCAAAAAAGAAGAAUUGGCCAAGGUUCAAAAUCAUCUUGAAGUUGAUAAACGCAAGAUGGAAGCCGCGAUGCAGGCGAACUUGGAAAUUUACGAGAAGGUCAAGAGAGAUCAGAAAUGCAUCGAAACAGAGAGGGACAGUCUCCAGAAUCUUCAUGCCGAAAAGGUUAAAGAUCUCGAGGAGCGCGCCCAGGAGGUCGAGAGUCUUCAAGCUACCGUAGCGAAGCUACAGUCAGAUCAUUCGCAAGAGACGGUGAAAGAGAGGGAUACCAAAAUCGAAAAUUUGCAUGGCGAAGGGUCGACUCUCAGGACCACGCUAAAUGACCAGCGGAAGAAGAAUGAGGAUCUGAAGAAAGAAAUAACUUUGCUUCAUGAGAAAGGACAGAAGGCUCAGAGCCAGCUUGACAAUCUGGAGAGCUUCACAUUCGGCUAUACGGAAGUUAAUGAGGAUGAGAUGUUAGACGAAUUCAGCGGUCUUUGGGAGUAUGCCACCAAUGAACUAUUCGUGAUCUUGAACCAAAAUCUUGAGACAAAAGUUCUCAGUGACAAACUAAUUUGGGACAAAUUCCGAAAAGACAGCGAGCUCGCAGUCCAACAUCGAGUUCUGCUGCCAUCUUCCAACUCUCCCGCCGCCAAAGCAAUGCGCCUUGUCGUGAUCCUGGGCAUCUUAGCCAGAGAACUCGACAAGUGCAUUUUCCAACCCACUUAUCUUCUCGAAGAAUCCAACCUUAGAGAGAUCCUAUGCACCCUCGCCGAAAAAGAUCACGAAAAAGAAUCAUUCUGCCGCUCUUUACUGCUGUCCAUCGACAACGAUGCCCAACAGGGGUCUCUUCAACUCAGAAUCCAAGCGGUAGUCCGCAAUGUAUCAUCAUAUCUAUACGAUGCGCUCUCGGAACCCCAGUACAGCGAGAUUCGACAAUGCAUUGAAAACAUCGCGCAGAGGGCCGUGAAAAUCUGGCGUCCUAUCCAGUCCUCUCGGAAACGAUACGAGCCAGACUUUGAGCCCCUCAAAUGGGGUGAUGAUGAAUGGUGUCCGUUUCGCUUUCCUGGUGACGUUGGCAAGCUUGAGCUCGAUCCAAAUGUCCGAAAUGAUAAUCUUUUGACGGUUUUCCCUCGCAUCUCCUUGGUGGAGGAUAACAAGCGCUAUCCGCAGACGUUUGUCACGCAGCUUAUGAAAUCGCAGAAGCUGUGCGGUGCGGCGGAGCAAGAGAUGCCGAGAGAGGCUACCAGUCCCAAGCUUGGUCGAAUGUCAUCAAAUGGACAGAGACGGAAGUCUAUUGCCCAAAGCACACCUCACCAGAACGGAGGGUCCUCUUUUUUAGAGAGAUCGUGA